AUUGGCUGCUACUGUAAUACAGAGCUUUGGCGGUGGACGUGCGUGGAGGUCUACUCUGGUCUUCUUUUUUACUAGUACGAAAUGCCCGACCACGAUGUUCUUAAAAUGACUUUAGCCCCUCUCUAGCAAGCUUCCUAUUCUUCUACGCUGUACGAGCCACGCGCUGAUAUUGAACCCAGAGGAGAUGCGGCUGGAAAGCGGUGAGCACCGCGCACGGACGCUGCAGUAGCAGAGGAGCAGCAUGUAACCGGGACAACACACACACCGGCCGCGGCGGAGGCACCACCACCACCACCACCCGACACCCCCACCUCCCUCUCUGCAUCAUCAUUCCCCACUCUCCGGCACUCGAGGUUCCUCCUCCAUGAGCUAGACCACCUGACCAUUCCGGAUCAUUUUGGAUUCUGUCUUCGGGAAAAAUGAGCGAAGACGUGUCGGAGGUCUCGAAAGAGCUGCUGGAGAGUGUGAGGGAUUCUGUGGGGAGGAAGGUGAAGCUGUCCCUGAGGAAAAGGGUCAAGCUGGAGGUCAAGGGAGAUAAGACGGAGAACCGAGUCCUGGCGCUUGCAUCCUACCGUGCCUACCUCUUGACAGCUCGAAUCCCCACCAAGGUGGAACACUCCUUUAAUUAUCUGGAGAUCCAGGGAGUUGCUUGUAACAAGCCGACACAGCUAUGCAUAGAUUAUGAGCGUGGCUCCUUCUCGCUGAGGCUGCCCUCCACAGAGGAGGUCAAUGAGGUGGUGGCUCACAUAGGGAACUGUCUGCUGAGGAUAUGUCCUGGCCUCCCGCCCUAUAAAGUGAUGAAGAAGCUCUCCAUGGAGCCCUCUGACAGGCUGCCCCCUCUGCAGACUCUGUGGGAGAACAACAAGCUGGCUGAACCAGGACCCUGUGGUGGGUUUUCCCAGAUGUACAAAUGUGUGUGCGACUGGUUAGGUCUGCCUUACAGAGAAGAGGUACAGUGGGAUGUUGACACCAUCUAUUUAACACAAGACACCAGAGAACUUAAUCUGCAAGACUUCAGUCACCUGGAGAACAGGGAUCUGGUGGCUAUAAUAGCUGUCCUGGAGUUUAACCAAUGGUUCACCAAGCUCUCCACCAAGGAUUACAAACUGUCGGCAGAUGUGUGCGAGCAGAUCCUUCGGGUUGUGGCUCGAUCCAGUCGACUGGAAGAGCUUGUUCUGGACAACGCAGGACUCAAAACGGACUUUGCCCAGAAGCUAGCUGCUGCCUUGGCCUACAACCCCAGCACAGGAUUGACCGCCAUCAAUUUGUCCAACAAUCCACUGGAGGACAGAGGUGUUUCUUCUUUAGGUGCUCAGUUUGCCAAACUUCAAAUUGGGCUAAAGCAUUUAAACUUUUCCAGAACCUCACUGUCACCCAAAGGUGUGAACAGCUUAUGCCACUCACUGAGUGCCAACCCGUCCAUACCCGCCAGCCUAGUCCAUCUGGACGUCUCAGGGAACAUGCUUCGAGGAGACGACAUGCAGCAUUUCUACAACUUCUUAGGUCAACCCAACAGCCUAACAACACUUGACCUCUCCAACACAGACUGCUCUUUGGACCAGGUUUGCUCGGCUCUGCUGCGAGGCUCAGUUCAGCACCUCUCUGUUCUCAACGUGUCCAAGAGCAUCUUUCCACUCAGGAAAGGCAAAGAAGUGCCUCCCUCAUUCAAGCAUUUCUUUAGUAGCGCCGCAUCCAUCAGCUCCAUAAACGUGUCCGGAACCAAACUGCCGCCAGAAGCUCUCAAAGCUCUCCUGCUUGGCCUGGCAAGUAAUCCCAACGUGAAAGAUGUGGCGCUCGACCUCAGCUGCUGCGAGCUUGGCCAUUGUCUGCGAUCUGGAGGCUCUCAGAUCCUUGAAGGUUGUAUCGCUGAGAUCCCAAACAUCUCCAGCUUGGAUAUCUCUGAUAAUGGCUUGGACUCUGAGCUUUCAACUCUGCUUGUUUGGUUAGCCAAGAACCGCUCCAUCAAACACCUGUGUCUGGGCAAGAACUUCAACAACAUUAAGUCCAAAAACCUCGCCCCAGUUUUGGAUGGCCUGGUCCAAAUGAUUCAGGAGGAGGAGUCGCCCCUCACAUCGCUGUCUCUAGCAGACUCGAGACUCAAGAGUGAUCUGACCAUUGUUCUCAACGCCCUGGGCAGCAAUUCCUCACUGACCCGACUGGACAUCAGCGGGAACGCCAUGGGGGACAUAGGCGCCAAGAUGUUGGCAAAGGCGCUGCAGAUCAACUCCAAACUCAGGACUGUGAUCUGGGAUAAAAACAACACCAGCCCUCAGGGUCUACAGGAUGUAGCAGCUGCUUUAGAGAAGAACUUCACAAUUCGCUUCAUGCCAAUUCCCAUCAUAGAUGCCUCCCAGGCUUUGAAGGCAAGCCCUGAAAAAACAGAGGAUGCUUUGUCGAAGAUUGAAAAUUAUGUAUAUAGGAACCAAGAAACCAAGAAAUACUUACAAGAGCAGGCUUACCGACUACAGCAGGGCAUUGUUACCACAACCACGCAGCAGAUGAUGGACCGGAUUUGUGUGAAGGUGCAGGACCAUCUGAACUCCCUGAGAAACUCAGAUGCAGACACAAUCUUGGAAGAUGUGAGAUCAGCUGAGAACCUCAUCAAAGAUGCCAGAAACUCUAAAACUCUGCUUCCCAACCUCUACCACCUCAACUCAGGGUCCAGAGAGGAGAUGAACAGUUUGUCCAUGAGUCCCAUCCAGGAGAAGCUGGAGUCCAUGGCAGGAGAGCUGACUACAGUCGUGGACCAGCAGCUCCAGGGUUUAUUGGAGUCCAUGAUAGAUGCAGCAGAGUCUCUGUGUCCUCAUGUCAUGAAGAGGAGUAACCUUCGUCCAGAACUGAUGAAGGCCAGCUCUGACAGGAUGGUUGUGCCUAAAAGCUUUGUUACCAAAACUCUUUUGGAGCAGUCAGGAAUGGAUAUUAUCAACAAGAUCAGUGAGGUAAAACUAAGUCUUGCCUCCUUUCUUACGGAUCGCAUCGUUGAUGAGAUUUUGGAGGUUCUCUCUGCGUCGCAACUCACUCUGGCUGACCACUUAGUUCGACGAGGUCGCCCCUUGGUGCGACAUGAGUCAGUGGAUCAUGACAUCCCAGAGGAAAGGAUUUCCAAACGGGCAUCAGCAGAGAUACUGGAGGCUGAGAGGCUGGACGAUCUGGAGGCAUGCAUGACUCUUUGCUGCACCAGUAUGACUCCAAAAACCAAAAGGAAAAGCAUCCACAGCAGAAUGCUACGCCCAGUAUCUCGUGCUUUUGAGAUGGAGUUUGACCUGGAUAAGGCUCUGGAGGAUGUCCCCAUCCACGUCGAGGACACCUCCACUCCAUCCAGUCCACCUGUGGUGACGCCUAAACAGGAGCAGCAGCAGCCAGGAGUGAUCGCAGAGCUGCCAUCAGAGGAGGAAAAAAAACUGCAGCACUUCACCAAACUACGGCCGCGAAGGAACAAGAAAACAAAUUCCAGCAAAGUGCCUCAAAUCAACAGCACUCCAUCUCAAGAUGGGGAACAGAACGGACUCAUGGGCAGGGUGGAUGAAGGAGUGGAUGAGUUCUUCUCCAAAAAGGUCACAAAGAUAAAUUCCAGACGGUUUUUGAGGAGUUCAGACUCUCAGGAUGGAGAGAAAAAGAAGAGUAAAGGAGGAUUUCUGAACCUCAUCAAGCGAUCUUCUAAAUCGGAUAAAUCAGAUAAGUCGGAUAAGUCAGAGAAAAACCAAGCAGCUCCAACAUCCUCUGGCUCAUCCUCAGCCUCUGCAGCCUCGCCUCUGACUCAUAUCAUCCCAGAGGAGCCCUCCUCUCCAAAGACGGCGGCCAAAAGCCCAGCACCCGAACCAAGAUCCAGAGAUGCCUCCAGCCGCUCGCAGGCCACCGACUACAGCAGCAGCUCCGACCGCUCAGAGGAGCUGAGGACGCCGGACUCCAUGGAUGAGCCGUGGGAGAGCUCUGACGGCAGGGGGAGUCCACAGGGAGGGAAGCGGUACACUGGAGUGCAGAUGAUGGGCAGCGGCCUCCUGGCAGAGAUGAAGGCCAAACAGGAGCGGAGAGCUCACAAGUCUUCCAGCCCUGACAGGCCUGACAGCAACACAGCAGUCAAACCUCAGUUCUCAAGUACAGAAAGCAGGUCUCCCAGCAGUUCAAGUAACAGAACCAGCCCUGCUGCCCCUGACAAAUCCUCAACACGCAGCGAGCCAAAGCCUGAUCCUGCCACUCGGGUCAGGGCAACAUCUUCCUCGAGUUCCCCCGUCAGCCCGGGAACCCCAAAACCACCGGUGCCACAAGGAGCAAAGCCUGCUCUGGCUGCACGACCCACCAUCCCUCAGAAACCAAGAACCAGCAGCAGCAGCAGGACCGCAGACGAUGGGUCGGAGUCUCCCAGGAGCGGCAGCGCGUCUCCAAAUGUUCUGCAUUUAACACUAAAGAAGGGGUCGUCGGAAAAAGACAAGGAAAGCAGUCAGCAGUCUGGAGUUUCCAGUGACACUCAGGAGGAUGCCGUUCAGCAUCAGACGCUCAGCAACAGCUCUGAGGACUCCGGCUCCCUCAAGAACAAAGACAAAUGUCCGAACGCAGACAAGGAAAAGGCAACGAGCAAGAAAGCAUCCAGCUCUGGAGAAGAAGGAGACAAGGACUUUAUUAUAACAUAAGUCUCUUUAAAAGAAAAGUACCUACUUUGUUUGUUGCAACAGUUUGGGUCUUUGAGUCCUGAGUUUGAUGGAUAAUGCUCCCAUUAUCCAUUGCAUAAUCAUAACCAACACUGUGCUAAAAACUUACAAGAGCUUCCGCCUCACAGACCGCCUUUCCUCUUUAUCCGCUUUGUUUCAACUCACUUCUCUUACUAAUUGUUCAGGGUUUAAAUCAAAGUCUGCAAACUAUUUUACUCCUUAAUAUAAAUCCGUGUUUGUAAACCACGAAAAACCAACAAAAACUGUGAACAUCUGAGAUCACUUUGUGUAGCCAACACUCUUUUUAUUUUGUUACUUUAGCCCAUUUCCCAUGGACAAAACACAUAAAGGGUAAAAAGCCAAGAUGACUGUACUUGAACUUAAACCCUGGCAGACCAGAACCACGGUGGAUUUCUUUAGUCGGUAGGUUCGUGUUGAAUUCACAGCGUGCUGGUUUCAGCAUGUGCUUUGCAGGUUCUUUCUCUACAUCCAUUAUGCAACUUCUUUUUUUUAACAGGAUUUGACCAGAUUCAGAAAAACAGAUCACUACCUGAACCAUACAUGACUUUGAGGGCACUCUAUGCUGAUAAUCAACACGGCUUCAGCACUGUUAACACUGUUUUGUACAUGUAGACACUGGAAAAACAUUUGUAUCCUUUUCAUCCAUGCAAAAGCAUAGGUUUGUUUUACAAGUGCAAUACAGAGCGAAAUAGUAACUUCGUUGAAACUAUUUUAUUUAAGGCAUUUUGUAAAAUCAAGUCUUGGGUAGUUUAUUUUUUUAUGUGUUACAAUAAGGUUUCUGAUAAAAUGUUACUGAUUCUAAUUGUCUUUUUCUUCAAAAGCCUGUGGAUUUUCAUGAUGUUCUGGGUGUUCAGCAGAACUUUAUCCAAAAGAAGGAGACUCUCUAAUGAACUGGUCAUUAGAACCAAAAAAAACUAGUUAUAAAAGGCAGCACACUAUACAACAUCUUAACUUUAACUCACUUUGAGAUUCACUUCACUCAUAGUUGUUUUUGUCAUUUUUGACCAGAAUGAGGCAUUUUUUAAGUCUCUUAUUUACUAUUUAAUUUUUUCAUUCAUAAUUUCCUUAUUUUGUUUUCAUGAGGAAUGACGUAUGUUUUGUUUUUCCUUCAUUUUCCCCCGUGUUUUAUUCAUUCUCUGAUGAUAAGUCUCCCUUAAUUUUGGUGGCCGUUUUUUUUUUAAAUAGAGUGAAAGAGAUCUACAGAAAAUGUUUUGUUCAGAUGAACCUUUGUUUUAUGGUACCGGGGAUCUCAGGCCAGUUUCUUCUAUAUUUUCGUCUCUUUUCUAAGAACAAAAAAAACAAAAACAUUUUUUGUCUCGCAAUUUACAAGCAGACUUUCUGAAUCUACUGGGAAUCAGUCAUUUUCAUGGAACUGUGUUUUCUGUCAGAGCUUCAAGGCUGAAAUAUGGUCUUUGUUGUGCUGUGCUCAUGUCACGUUGUAGUCUUGGAGGUUCCAGGUCACACCCUUUAACUGUGAUUUGUUUUUUCUGACGUCUUCAAAGGUUUAGCAGUAUCACAAAUUGGGCUAAAGUGUUUUUUUUUUUUGGUCUAAAGAUAUGUUUUCCAUGAUCAAAUGUUUCAGAGAUUUCUUUUUUUAUCAAGUUUUCUUUCUUACUGCUGAAGCCACUGUUUGGUGUUUGUAGAUUUCCUCUUUUCUAAUCGUCAAUUACAAAUACCCUAGAUUUUUUUUUUUGUAUAUAGUUUACACACCUCUCACUAAAAAAAGGCAAAAUUCUGUGCUCUGCUGCUUCUUAUUCUGCAGCCAUUUUUUAAGUGUUUCCUUAACGUGAGGAAAAUAUCUAAAUAUCUAAGUUUUUCUUCAGUGGAAUUGGAAUAGGGCCAGUCUAUGUGUCUGACGCUUUGUAUGGAUCACAUCCUCUCAUUCCUGUAAAACAAAACAAGCUUCAUCUUCUUUGUUUCUGUCGAUUUCCAGAGUGGAGAAACAUGACGCCCUCUGCGUCUGUGUGAGUGCAUGAUGUCUCUGUCUGUGACUUCUACUGUAUGUAUAUAUGUGCUUGUACACAUCUGGGCUCGUGCGUGUGCAGGUGUGAAAUGAGCACAUGUGAUAGGCACAUGGCCCCAUCACACAGCAAAUCCUAUUUUGUUUUGGUACCAAGUACGCUUCCAUGGGGAUUUGCUUGUAAUUUAUUUGAAAUAAAAAACGGAGAAAAGGGGA